AUAAGUGAGACCAGUAGGGGUCGGAUCGCGUUCCCCUGAUCUCAGCCUCCGGCACAUGUUCAGUCUCAGUGCUGCAUGAGAGAGAGAGGGAGAGAGAGAGAGAGAGAGGGAGGACUCUUCUCUCUCCAGCUUCAGACGCGAGGGAUGCGCUUCAUCUCCUUCGGGGUCUCGAUGGAUGGAGCGACAGGGUCAUGAAGGUGACCACCACCUCUGGGUUGGAUUUAGGGGGCCAUUACCGCAGAAGGAGCAUAUCCAUAAUUAAUAAGCGCGAGGCGGAGAUCCUAGAAGCGAGGCGCAAACACCGGCGAGUCAUGUCACCAACCGACAGCGCUUCCAGAGGAGCUGACGAGGAGGACAAAGGAGGAUGAAGGAGGCAGAGGAGGAUUAUAAUGAAGCUGAGUGGCAAAGGACUGUGCACUAUCGUCUCCAGCUGUGUGCUUUUCGUGUGUGCCGUGAGCGCGGUGAUCGUGGGGUUCAAAUGCAUCGCGUUGGGCUCCAGGGUGCGGGCGCACUUCCAUCUGGGCACCGCGGCCGGCGCGUUUUACUCGGGCAUCUUAGUGGCCGUCGGGCAGGUUCUGAUGGGAGUUGCGCUGGUCUUUUGCAGGGGGAAGCCCAGAUGUGCGAAUUUUUUCCUCUUUGGGAUUUUAGUGUUCCUCCUAGGGGUUCUCACGGCGUUUUCGGGCGCGGUGGUGGAUGGCGAUACGGUGUCCCUGGUGGAGAGGAAAUACGCGCACUAUUGCGCGGACUCUGUGGAUGUGAGCCCGGCGUGCGAUGGGCUCAAGGUGUACCAGCGGGGUCUGGUGGUCUCCACUGUACUUAACACUCUGGAGUGCCUACUAGGGCUGAUGAACCUGAUUAUUAUUAAGCGUUACCACGCGGCGCGGUUUCGCCGGAGACGCAGGACGCAGCGUCGGAGCGCGCGCAUUAUCCUCAACGAGGAGCGAGAGUUCGCGGUGACGGAGUUUCAGCCGGUGUCCUACAUCAACCUGGGGGUGUUUCAGGCGUUGGACGAGGCGGACGGGGAGGUGCAGAGCAGGGGUCACCCGUGCAUGGAGUUACCGGGUUUUUCGCCCACCAAUCCGGAGCUUAAUCACUCGUACCCGUUUUCGUACCGGCUUCACAGCGAGAUGCCUCCUGCAUACGAUGACAUAUUCCCUGGAGAAGAGAGCAGCAAAUAGCCGAGGGGAGCUAUACUAGCCUAUGGACCGUUUUGCACUGACAAUCACGCUAAACUUGGAAUUGGCACGUUAUAAUGUACUUUUUACUCAGUUGCAGGACAAACCCAUGCGGAGGAUAACGUGCUGUAAGGAUUAUGUGCAACAUUUGUUUUUGACCUCUCUGACUGACUGAUUGUAUUCCCGAUUCAUCCCAUGUCAAAAUCCCAAAGAAAAAAAAUCCGCAUUGGAAAUUCUGUCAUAGUUUGGAUCCUGGUUUUCUUACAGUAUUCCAGCAGGGCACAAAACAAAAAGAAGUUAUCAACUGAGCAAACAGAACAUGAUAGAAGUGUGCAUCAUGUAAGUUUUGUUUUGUUUUGUUUUUGACCUUCCUGAAUGAUUGUAUUCCCAGUUCAUCUCUAGUCAAAAAGGUUUGUGUGUACUGGAAUAUCAGUUGCAAUUGGGAAAUGAAUGACCCACACUCUUAGAAGAAAAGGUUCUAUCAGCGUUACGUAUUUGGAACCCCUAAAAGGUUCUAUACACUCUUUA